UAAAUCCAAAGGGAAACUUCAUAGUGUCGGCUAUAAAUUAAGGAUAAGCAUAAAGAAGAUAUAAUGGAAGAAGAAACAGUGGACGAGCAAGGGAACGGAAACGGAAACGGGAGAGUGCUUUUACAAGAUGCGUCGAAAGCUUGGGACAGUAAGGAAGGCCAGGCGCUUCCAAAGAAAGUUGUAAGUGACGAUAUUAUUCCACCCGGGACGGUUAUCGCUGAGAAGACAGAUUCGUUGGUUGGAGUGUUGAAAGGACCAGCAGGCGAGAGCGUUACAGCUAUGACAAAUGCGCCCAAACAAAGCACACCCGAAGAGCAGCCGGACGACGUGUUCGAUGCGGAAGACAGCCCCACGCCCCGACCUCUGGCAAUGGUCGACAAAGCGGUCAGCACGAACGACACCCUCGAGGACUUGCAGCGCGCACUCACCUAUGAAGUAAUUUUCACAACACUGCUGCAGAAGAAAAUAAUGGCCAUCAAGCGAGAGUGUGAAGAGCGCAAACGAGCAAAGCGCAUGAAACGCAAAUCGAUCGGCCGCAUAUUCUUCAGCCGUAAGCUAUUUGGCGGUUCGCGGAAAGUGCGUGGCGACAGCGAACCCGACGUAUUCAUGCGUGGCGAUCUGGGGGCAAUGAUCGCUUCACCAACGACUUUUCGUAGCCCGAAGACUGCCAGAAAGCCGAGUGGACGUAGCGGACAAAGCGGACGUCAGGUCGGCGAUGACAUCGAAGUUGUCUCUGCCUCAGCGUCUGCAUCAAAUGGCAGUCACCGUUCGCAGAUGACACGUGCGACACUAACGAAGACACAGAAGGUAAAAACCCGGCUUAGUACAGACCCCCACACCCAAGGUGCGGCCGUCGGACAGCCUGCAGAAGAAAGCGUCACGAGUACGCUCAGCAACUCCUCGGACAAGAAUGAUGUGAGUGGUGCUGGUCAGGCCGUCAUGAAGCGCAGUUUAUUGGUACGCGCUCAGACGCACACACCAGCUGAGGUGAUGACGUCCAGUUCGGGCUCUGGCGACUCGAAAGGCGCAGCGGGUCGCAGACGUUCAGUUUCAGUUAUAAAUGGCAACGGAAAUGGUGGCGGAGUGGGUGGACUGCCCGCCUCUUUGUUGGAGCGCACCUACGACACCACCUCACUUGCCAGCGGGUACGAAAAUGGCACCGGUGCUCGUCUACACACCUCGACUAUGGCCGAUGAUAGUCUCACCUCGUUGCGCGACAGCAUUGAGAGCUUAUCAUUUGGCAGCUCACGUUGCACGGUGAGUUUUGGCGGCGCCGAAAUCAUACCGGAGGAAACUGCCUCGCUCUUGUACGAGCGCGCUCGCAUCGCCAAACGUUUGCGUGUACUGGAAGCAAAGUCAAUUAGCGCGCAGUGCAGUCCCGUACUGCCACGUCAUUUGAUCGGGACCAUACAAGCACCGGAGCCCAUGCCUCCGCCAGCGCAAACUACAACCAGAAUGGAGGCCUCCACCGCCACUAAACACAUAAUCACGCCCACCACUGCCGUUCCGUACACCGCGUCGUCCAAAGCUGCCUCUCUCACCGCCGUCGGUAGCGACAUUCCAACGGUCCCCACCAGCAACAAAAUUACCCAGACAAAACAACACAUCUUUCGCCACCAAGUGUCUUAUACGGACAGCGCUUACGGUGGAGGAGGCGACUUUGGCGAAGCGUCAGCCUAUUCGCGGUACAUCUCACGACAGAACACUUCCGAGGAGAGUGCAAAUUUGACUGUCAGCACAUUGUUGAAUCAGAGCGACUCAUUGUCGUUGCACGCGCCAAUAUACUCGCCAACCACUUCGUUCACCGGUGGCGGUGUCGGCGGUGCAGGCGUUUUCAUGCUGGGUGAUCGCUUCAAAUCGAAGAGCACAAGUCUGUUAUUGGUGAGUGGUAAUGGCCGCAGUCGUUCACGGCCACCGCCAACACUACAACUACAACAACUGCAAACGCCGUUCGCGCCCAUGCCGGCCAACGGCAGCAUCUUGGUGAGUGGGACAAUGCCGAGCAAUAUUAGUCAUAGUGAUCAAUUAGUAGAUAGUUUGAAUAUGAAAAAUACAUUCGCUUCCUCUGGCACCGUACAGCCAGCAACGGUAUCUAACGCACAAAAACAAACGCCCUUGCACUCCACGACUAUUGCUACUACGACUGCUGUCAACGCAACCACCAUGUCUUCACAGCUAGCAUCGCCUCCUCCUCCUACGCUUUACCAUGCCACCAGCGCUACGGGCGGCACGUCGGAAAUCACCACGGCAGUUAUUGCGUUGAACAGCUCUGGUUUUCGGAAUGGCACCGUCAAUGGGGUCAUUGUGGCCGGGUCAACGGUGCCUGCGGACACGGCCAAGUUGAAUCGCAUGACUUCAACAUCAACUGGCUCCAGUGUGGCGCCGACCGGUUGUUGCACAACAACGAAAUCCUCCUCACGCGAUCGCGAGAAAGACAAGCAGCGCUUUAAGCCCAGCUGGCCGUCAGGGCAGAGUGGCAGUGACGAUGAGUAUCGGCGGCGCAAACGAAAAUACAAACGCUACCACAGAUGUUCAGAUCCCGUUCUGGUGUAUCCGACGCCAAGUGGGUUACAACACUGCAUACUUAGUAUGCCAUCUAAUGAGCCAGCUCAACUUCAGUACAAUGAUGAUUUCGCUUUCGACAUGCAAAUCCCAAUGGAGUCCGACAAAAACGACGACCUUGAAGAAAUAGUUCCAAGCAGCCAUCGCCGACAUCGAAGACAUCGUCAUCAUCGACACAAAAAGCGACAUCGUCAUAAAAAACCAAAAAUUCUUGUGCAGGAUCUGGAAACGCGUGUCGUCAAGUUCGCCAAGAGAGUGAGCGCCUUCUCAAGGAGACAUUAGAACGGGCGCGCUCUACCAAAAACGCAACGGACGCAGCAGCAGCAGCAGCAGCAGCAUCAUCCCAGCAAGCGCAUCAACAAAUUCCAUAACACAGCGGCGAUUCGGCGGAGCGUAGUAGAAAAUUAUUAGACUUCCCGCCACAACUGUUGCGCCACCAACUGCAACUGCCAUUGCAGCAACACACACAAGUGCAGCUUGAUAAAGAAGACGCUUUACUAAGCGUCGUGAAUGGCGCGGUUGUGCGCUUCUUGGCGCGUUACGUUGAAGGUAAUGCCCAGGUUGGCAACGCCGCUGAAGCUAAUAGGCAUAGAAGCGAAAACGUAUUAAGUGCAGCAGCAUCUUCAGCAUCUAUUGCAGCGUUUUCCGACAAAAAUGCGCCUGUGACCUACGACGCUACAGCGACAAAGAAGGCGAUAAAAAAACCUGGCGCGGGAAAAGAGGUGAGCCGAGAUUUACUUGCAGUAGACGUUACGGAACGCGAAAUUUCGUCCGUUGAAGGCUCAGCGGCGGCGUCCCCGGCAUCUACGAGUGGCAGUGUAAAAGUUGCACAUUCGCACCCGACGCACAACGCUAUGCACGAUGAGCCAAAACCGCUUCCGCCACAGCGACAGACGCUGCAAUCCAAAUUGUCAAUUGCGUUGUUGUCCCAAAUUUUGUAGCGUCACACUUGGUUAGCUUUUGUAUAUCAACACGUAGCAGCUGUUUUGGUGUGGCACGCCGAUGCCUUCUCUGCUGCAUGCGCAUCACACAGCCCCAGCUUCCGCGCCAUACUUACGGCAAACAACGGCUGGACCACAACACCAACGCAAUUUCCACCAUCACCACCGUCAACACCUGUUGGUAACCUAACAAAAUUUGUGUCAAUGCUGUAGAAGGUAAACAAACAACAAAUCAAAAAAAAAGGUUACCAAAAACGUGCGCGACCAUUUGACGCGGAUCCAUCCAAUAUGCGGCAAAGAGUCGAAUGAUUUUGGGUUAUAGUGAAAAUUUGUGCUGGGGGAAAUUCGAAAUCGCUGUCCGUCGCCUAGACUUGUUGGCAGCGUUGUUUGAAGCGCAUUUAAGUGCAUACUUUUUUGAAUGUACUAUGCAGGUGCAUAUGUUUGUUUGUAUGUACCUGUGGUUGUAUGGAAGCGAAAUUUGUGAAAGCUUGUAGAUAAGUGUUUGUGCACUAUUGAUUUGUGCUAUUUUUACAGAAAAAUCAUGUUUCCACAUUUUUAACGCCUAUUGAGGCAUGAGGCAAUAAUAUUCGAAAGCGAACUGAUGGAAAUAUUACUGAAUUUUUAGACAUUUUGCGGUGGUUGAGUUUUAGUUGACAUAUUUCAAUGUACAUAUGUAUGUACAUUAGUGCGGA